GCCCUGUCCUGUCCUGGCUUUAUUUUUUUUUCUUCUUCGCCCCCAUCUUUCCGGCCGACCCCAUCCCUCUUCUUUUCUCUUCUUCUCAUCUCAUCUCAUUCCUCUCCUUCUCUCUCUCUCUUCCUCCCUUUCUCCCUCAUCCCCUCUCCCCCCAUCCCUCAUCCCCCAUCCGCCGUCUGCCAUGGCCACUCCCAGCGUCAGGACCUUCACUCGGGCUGAAAUUAUCAAUGCCAAUGCUCUGAGCGAGAGCAAGGACGAUGCCGAGGCACCCUUCCUCAUGAUCAUCGACAACAAAGUCUAUGAUGUCCGUGAAUUCGUGCCCGACCAUCCCGGCGGAAGCGUCAUCCUCACCCACGUCGGCAAGGACGGCACUGAUGUAUUCGAGACCUUCCAUCCCGAGGCUGCGUGGGAGACCCUCGCCAACUUUUACGUCGGAGACAUUGCCGAUUCGGAUCGCGCAAUCAAGAACGACGAUUUCGCUGCUGAAGUCCGCAAGCUGCGUACGUUGUUCCAGGAAAUGGGCUACUACGACUCCUCAAAGGCGUACUAUGCCUUCAAGGUCUCGUUUAACCUCUCCCUCUGGGCUCUGUCGACGUUCAUUGUGGCCAAAUGGGGCCAGACCUCGACCCUUGCCAAUGUGAUCUCGGCCUCGAUCCUCGGCGUCUUCUGGCAGCAGUGCGGAUGGUUGGCCCAUGACUUCCUGCACCACCAGGUUUUCCAGGAUCGCUUCUGGGGAGAUUUGUUUGGCGCCUUCUUGGGAGGCGUCUGCCAGGGAUUCUCUUCAUCGUGGUGGAAGGACAAGCACAACACUCACCACGCCGCGCCUAACGUUCACGGCGAGGACCCCGAUAUCGAUACGCACCCUCUUUUGACCUGGAGUGAACACGCCUUGGAGAUGUUCACGGAUGUGCCAGAUGAGGAACUCGCCCGCAUGUGGAGCCGCUUCAUGGUUCUGAACCAGAGCUGGUUUUACUUCCCCAUUCUUUCCUUCGCCCGUCUCUCCUGGUGCCUCCAGUCGAUCAUGUUUGUUCUGCCCAACGGCCAAGCCCACAAGCCCUCCGGCGCCCGUGUCCCGAUCUCAUUGGUCGAACAGUUGUCUUUGGCGAUGCACUGGACCUGGUACCUUGCGACGAUGUUCUUAUUCAUUAAGGAUCCCGUCAAGAUUGUGAUCUAUUUCUUGGUCUCACAGGCAGUGUGUGGUAACUUGCUGGCCUUGGUCUUCUCGCUCAAUCACAACGGUAUGCCUGUGAUCUCGAAAGAGGAGGCUGUGAGCAUGGAUUUCUUCACGAAACAGAUUAUUACUGGCCGUGAUGUCCAUCCCGGUUUGUUCGCGAACUGGUUCACGGGCGGACUGAACUACCAGAUCGAACAUCACUUGUUCCCAUCGAUGCCUCGCCACAGCUUCUCAAAGAUCCAGCCCGCGGUCGAGUCCCUGUGCAAGAAGUACGGUGUUAGAUACCACACCACGGGCAUGAUCGAUGGAACUAUGGAGGUCUUUUCUCGUUUGAACGAUGUCUCCAAGGCCGCUUCCAAGAUGGGCAAAUCGAAAUAAGCGAACAACAAAUAUCUGCAUUGACUGCCAUUUUCUCCUUUGAGCAGUAUUUAUGUUUCUUGUAGCCGUUCUUUUCUAUUUCCACAAGGAUGCAUCGUUUUAAUAUAUUCUUGGCGAUUACGACCAAGUACAUCAUCUCAUACCAUCCACACUCUCAACACCAUUCGAUACCAAAAAGACUUCAUUAAAAAGAAUUAUGCAAU